CCAAUUACACUUUUACAGUGUCCAUUAACACCAGAACAGGGCGGUAAAGUAUACAGGAGGAUCAUGUCAGUACAAGCAACAGCCCCUGCUCCUCCUCCACAGGCUGUUGGAUACUACCCUCAAGGUCAGCCUGCUGGUCAGCCUGCUGGUCAACAGAGUUCACAACAAUCCAGUACAACUGUAGUGAUUGCAGGAAAUGAUAAUCCUCCAAUGGGUAUGGCUCUUCGGGACUGUCCAAUUACAACAAAAUGUCCAAGUUGUAAAAGCAACGUUGUGACCCAAAUCAAAUUUGAGAUUGGCUGUAUUACAGUUUUGGCAACAUUCCUUCUCUGUCUCUUUGGGUUCUACUUGUGCUGCUUUAUUCCAUGCUGUGUGGGUAGAUGGAAAGAUGUCGUCCAUUUGUGUCCAAACUGCAAAUACAUUAUUGGAAAAUACAAAAGGAUGUAACAAAAAAACAUGAAAAUUUACGAGGAGAAUAAAUUUUACAGAAAGCUAAAUAUUGGGAGAAAAUGAUGAAAAUCUGAUGUGAUGGAUAACAAGUGAAAGUGGUUGUCAAUUGCAGAUUAAUUAGUGCUGUAUUAAUCAUUUUCCUAAUAAUAAUUUCAUUAUCUUCCCUGUGAAACUGUCAGAUAUGUAAAUGAGACUUUGUUUCUAUGAGGACAUAUUUAUAUUUAUAUGUUUAUUUAUAUUUCUAUCGUGUUUUGUCAUAAAAGUUCAUUUAUAAUUUAUUUAUAUUUUUACAGAAUUAUUAAAUUGAAUCAACUACCCUUA